CGAAACCCAGCGAGCGGCUUCCUUGCUGAUUUCUCGGAAAUCAGCUAAACCGCCGCUCGCCUUAGCUCCGCCUUUCCUGCAGCCGUCGGUUCCUCAGAGAACAAGAAACACACGAGAGGUACCGAGAUUAGAGCAGAAUCAUCGCAGAUCUCGUCCCAUCCAGAUGGCCUGGGAGGACAAUGGACAUCCCAAUGGACCUGUCACCUGGACAGUGGGAGCAGGGUUGGCACUGUUUGGUGUCCCGGGGAGCAUUGCUGCGCUGGGGUUCACCAAGGCCGGCAUCCUUGCCGGCUCCGUCGCUGCCAAGAUGAUGUCGGCAGCUGCCAUCGCCAAAGGCGGCGGAGUGGCUGUGCUGCAGUCCAUCGGAACUGCAGGUCUCUCUCUUGCUGCCAAAAUUGGGCUGACAGCUGCCCUGGGCUCAGCUGGUGCAGCAACCGGUGCCCAGCUAACUGAGUGAAAGAAACCUCCAAGUGGCCAACCUAAAAAAGGAUAAGAACGCAAGUGACAAACCUAAGAAAAAGUAACUUGAGUGACAAACAUGAGGAGGAGAUAACUCCAGACAAGCAGCCCAAGAGAAACGAAGCAGGUUGCUGAUCCCAAAGCCGUGCCUUGCACAGUGCAGGUGCUGGGAAACCCCCACAGACCCCUCAGAGCUCUGCCUCUGCUUUUAAAAGCUUUGGAUUUUGUGAGCAGUGAUUGCCCUGAAGCCAAUAAAAGCUCUUUGCUUGCAGCA